AUGGCUAAAGUUUCGUCUUAUAUCGAUGAUUUAUGUUGCCAUUUUCUUUGCACCCGACAAUCAUUAGGUGUUAAAGCGUCAGACUCAAAUUCAAUUUUUGUUGGAAAUAUUGUUGUCAUUAGAAGCGAUAUUGAUUCAAAUGGAGAUAUUGAGGACGAUGCUAGUAUAUUGAAUCGACCGUAUAGAGUCAAUUUCUCUAAUAUCAAAUCUAUUAAAAUCGCCAACGAACAUCCAAAAUUUAUUCUUAUUGUAGAAAAGAUGACUGUUUUUGAAGAUUUACUCUCACAAAGGUUCCACCGCCAGUUUCCAUGUGUCGUCAAAACCGGUGGGGGUGAACCAAGCUUAGAUUGCAGGAUGUUUGUUAGAAUGGUGUGGGAAACCUUACAAGUGCCUGUUUUUGCUCUCGUUGAUUGUAAUCCUGCUGGUUUUGAGAUCUAUAAGACCAUAGCCGUUUCUAUAUUGUGGUGGCCCGGGGCAAAAUGA